AUGAACAGUUCACCUAUUACUACCUUCCUUAUUAUCCAAAUUCCAGCGUCUUCCCUUCUUUCUGUUCUUUCUCUGCCUACUCCUCCAGACUCCAUUGCUACUGCUACCAUUCAGUUUCUUUUUUCAUUUACGUUCAUUUACGUUCUUUUUCUGUCAUUCUUCCUUCAUUUGACCAUUUUUUUCCUGCUUUUUUCCUUCCUUAAUGGAGAGAAGCUUUUACCUGCUGUCAUUCCGUUUUCCAUGAUUCGCUCGCCUUUCAAACCCUUUCAUUAUUUUUUACCCACCCUAUCUAUCUAUCUAUCUAUCUAUCUAUCUAUCUAUUCAUUCUAUUUUCUUUCUUUCUUUCUUUCUUUCUUUCUUUCUUUGUCUGCAGUGUUGUUUUUGCCUUUCCUUUUUUCCUUUUCUUUUCUAUUCUUUUUUCUUAUUUCUUUAAUUCCUCUUCUUUCUUUCUUUCAUUCAUUCUUUCUUUCUUUCUUUUCCAUUUUUCUUUCUUUCUUUCUUUUCCUUUUACUUUUCUAUUCUUUUUCCUUUUACUUUAAUUCCUUUUCUUUCUUUCAUUCAUUCAUUCUUUCUUUCUUUUCCAUUUUUCUUUCUUUCUUUCUUUUACUUUUGCCAUUAUUUCUUUCUUUCUUUUUCUUUCUUUCUUUCUUUCUUUUCCUAUUUCUUUUCUAUUCUUUUUCCUUUUACUUUAAUUCCUUUUCUUUCUUUCAUUCUUUCUUUUCCAUUUUUUUUUUUUUCUUUUACUUUUGCCAUUAUUUCUUUCUUUCUUUUUUCUUUCUUUCUUUUUCUUUCUUUCUUUCGUUCUUUCUUUUCCUUUUUUCUAUUCUUUUUCUUAUUUCUUUAAUUCCUUUUCUUUCUUUCUUUCUUUCAUUCAUUCUUUCUUUUUCUUUCUUUUCCAUUUUUCUUUCUUUCUUUCUUUUCCAUUUUUUUCUUUCUUUCUUUUACUUUUUGCCAUUAUUUUUUCUUUUUUUUUUCUUUCUUUUUUUUCUUUUCUUUCUUUUGUUUUUCCCUUUCUUAAUUCCUUUUCUUUCUUUCAUUCAUUCUUUCUUUUCCUUUUUCUUUCUUUCUUUCUUUUACUUUUGCCAUUAUUUCUUUCUUUCUUUUUCUUUCUUUCUUUUUCUUUCUUUUUUCGUUCUUUCUUUUCCUUUUUCUUUUCUAUUCUUUUUUCUUUCUUUUUUUUUCUUUCUUUUUUUCCAUUUUUCUUUCUUUCUUUCUUUUUCCAUUUUCUUUUUUCUUUUUUUCUUUUCUUUUACUUUUUUCUUUCUUUUUUCUUUUCUUUUUUUUUUUCUUUCUUUCUUUCUUUUCCUUUUUUUUCUAUUCUUUUCCUUUUAUUUUUUUUAA